AUGACAGUCAUGCAGUGGCUUGUGUGGUUGACGUUACUAUUAGGCGGAGUUGCAGCCAAGGAGGCAAACAAAACAGACACUAGAAACACCGGGAAGAGAGACGCAGUGUUCGGUGAUGGUUUCGGACAUGGAGUAGGAUUCGGACAUGGCGGCUAUGGUGGCUAUGGAUACGGCCAUGGUUACGGGUACGGAGGACACGGUGGAUUCGGAGGAUACGGUCAUGGAUUUGGUGGUCAUGGCUUCGGGGGCCAUGGUUUUAGUGGACAUCUCAAUGCAGGUCAUGGGUAUGGUGGAUAUCCACACGGAGGACCUGGUUUUGGUGGACAUUUAUAUGGAGGACAUUACGGAGGAGGUUAUGGCCAUGGAGGACCAGUUGUAGUUAAACCAGUGACAUUAACAAGAGAGGUACCAAUUCCUAUACCUGUACCUGUAGACCGAAAGGUACCCUACCCAGUGCAUAUUCCAGUGGACCGCCCUGUGCCGGUAAGAAUACCACAGCCGUACCCUGUCCACGUGGAUAGGCCGGUACCUAUACCAGUAAGAGUAUCUGUCCCUCAUCCGUACCCAGUGGAGAGGCCAAUACCUGUUCCCGUAAGGGUACCAGUAGAUAGGCCGAUACCUGUUCCCGUACCCAGACCUGUUCCAGUUCCAGUGGACCGUCCAGUACCAGUACCUGUUGAUAGGCCUUAUCCAGUGCCCGUCAAAGUACCAGUAGAUGUCCCGAGGCCUUACCCGGUGCAGGUUCCAGUGGACCGUCCUGUCCCGGUACCAGUGGAGAGACCUGUACCUUUCCCUGUGAACGUGCCUGUCGACAGGCCGUACCCCGUGCAUAUUCCGAGGCCUAUUCCAGUUCCAGUAGAGAGGCCUGUCCCAGUUCCAGUGCACAGUCCAGUUCCAGUUCCAGUUAAGGUACCGUUUCCCGUUCAUGAACCUGUGCCUGUUGCAGUACCCAGGCCAGUGCCUGUGCCCGUGAAAGAACCUGUACCUGUACCUGUCUAUGGUGGUCACAAAUUUGGAGGAUAUGAUCAUGGAUUUGGAGGAUUUGGCUACGGACAUGGUGGUUACGGUCAUGGAGGUUACGGCCAUGGAGGUUAUGGACAUUUCUAA